AUGGCGGGCACCAAGUGCUUCCGCCGCCGCCGGGCAGGCGCCGACGACGAGGAGGACGAGGACGAGCAGCUGGCCGAGGAGGUCAGAUUAAAACUUGAGGAAGCAAAAGAAGUUCAGAGUCUCAGGAAACGACCCAAUGGGGUUAGUGCUGCAGCUCUGCUUGUGGGGGAGAAGCUGCAAGAAGAAGCAACACUGGUGGAUGACCCAUUUAAGAUAAAAUCUGGUGGGAUGGUGGACAUGAAGAAGCUGAAAGAACGGGGCAAGGACAAGAUUAAUGAAGAGGAAGACCUAAACUUGGGAACUUCCUUCUCAGCUGAAACCAACAGGCGGGAUGAAGAUGCUGACAUGAUGAAGUACAUUGAGACCGAGCUGAAGAAGAGGAAGGGGAUUGUGGAAAAUGAGGAGCAGAAGGUGAAGCUUAAGAACGCUGAGGACUCUCUGUACGAGCUGCCAGAGAACAUCCGCGUCUCCUCUGCCAAGAAGACCGAAGAGAUGCUGUCCAACCAGAUGCUGAGUGGCAUUCCUGAAGUGGAUCUGGGAAUUGAUGCAAAAAUAAAAAACAUCAUCUCAACAGAAGAGGCCAAGGCCAAGCUGCUGGCAGAGCAACAGAACAAGAAGAAAGACAGUGAAACUUCCUUUGUUCCCACAAACAUGGCUGUCAACUAUGUCCAGCACAACAGAUUUUAUCAUGAGGAGCUAAAUGCACCAGUGAGAAGGAAUAAAGAAGAACCAAAGCCCCGUCCACUGAGAGUGGGGGACACAGAGAGGCCAGAACCUGAGCGAUCUCCUCCAAAUCGCAAACGUCCGCCCAAUGAAAAAGCCACAGAUGAUUAUCACUAUGAGAAGUUCAAGAAGAUGAAUAGGCGAUACUGAUGAGGAGCUUGUCUGGAGUCUUUGCAGGAGCUUUUAUUUUCCAUCAGCGCAGGAUCUUGUGUCAGUGACUUGUGGAGGGGGUGAGAAUCACUACCCUCACCGCUGAUGUUAACUACAAGGCUUUUCUUGUUGAGAUCCUGUAGUGAAUCAGGUUGCAGCUCGUGGUCAACCCUUCAGCCAGUAAAAUAUUUUGUAUAACUUAUUUUCAGUUAUAAAACUCUUUUGUGCAAACAUGAGCUGGGUACUUUUUAGUGCGAAAUUAAGCUUGUUUACAGAUUCUUACAUGCUCUUAAAAAUACAAAGAAAAAAUAUCUUUUUAAAAGCAGUUGACUUGUAAACAUUAUGGGAAGUAUUAAGGCCACCUUGCUAGAAUUAUCUUUCCAAGAGAUUUCUCCAUUCCCAGGGACUUUUGCUGUGCAGAGCAGUGUAAGAUGCCGCACGUUCAGUGGCUGGGGCUGACAGUGCACACUCAGCAAGGGAGGCUUAUGCUUUUUAUGAUGGUGCACUGUGUUGUUUUGCAUCUUUUCCUCCCUGUAGAGUUAUUUCUAUAGCAGGUCCUUGCAGUUUAUGUAGUUGUGAAGACUAGGAAAGCUGGACCGGGAUGUAACUGUGUGAAGGGGAGGAAAAUCUCA